UCGCGAUGUUAUGAAGUCGCACAAGUUUAGUUGACUAAGUCGCGGUCUGAGCGCAGGUACCUUCUCCUGCCAAAUCGAGUCUAGCUUACUGUAAGUGUUCCGAAGCAAACGCCAGUGCUUUCUUUAGCUCUGUUUCAGCGGUUCUGCAAGCCAAUCCCAAACGGUUUCCACGUCGAAGGCGUGCGAAGUCCCGCAAGACGAGCAUAGACGAGUCGUGACUAGAAUCGAUCGUGUUGACAUUUCCAGAACCUUUGGUUCAGGCCUGCUGAGGGGCCCAACGAGACUGAUUGCGCAUCGGAAAGAGAAAUCUUCUGCAAACUGAAGGCGGCAGCAACCCGUUCGCAGUCAGUUCCGUUGCUAAGAUCAUAAACACGUGUGCGUCUGGGUGUUUGUUUUUGUUCGCACCAUCCGGAGAAAGGUUGUGUUGAUAGUUUCGAGUUUUAUUUUUCUUCCGAUUCAUGCAGUGAUUAUCGAAAGUGUUAGUGUGUAUGUUCGCUUAGUGGUGCAUUGCUGCAGUGCGGUUUUGCUCGUGACGAAGAAGUUAGCUGCGAGGAAAGUUUGAAAGAAAGGGAAUGUGUGAUGCGAAGGCGAUAGAGCAUUCGACACACCGUUAAUUGGUUGUUUGAGUGAAACCUCAAGUGACACAUAUUUCUUCUGCUUCUUCGGCUUUUGUUGGCUGACUGGCGAGAGGCUAGUUCAGCGAUAAAUUAUAUACCGAGUGGCGAAAGGUGAACCGAAUCGACGGAUUCUCGAGGCUUUCCACAAGUUCGGGGGAAAAUCGUGACUGGUGAAACACAAGAUAAACACUAGACUAUACCUGACUGGAAGAUUCACCUCAAGGGUUCAGACAGUACGAGGGUUCAGGACACGGAAAUCUCUAGCAAACAGAUUUUCAUCAACAGAGAACGAGAGCAGACUAACUGACGGAUCGAGCCGGUGGAUUCUUCUUUUUCCAGAGUGACGUCAUUUUACGGAUUACGCACCGGUCAAUCCUCUGCCAACGUUGCCCAACAUAAAACUCCCGCGGUGCAAGGCGAAAAAUCCUUCGUGCGACAAAAUCUCGCGUGACACGCCGGAGAGGCGCAGCAAGCAACGGAUAGCACACUCCACAUUGAAUUGACGGAAUGCAACACAUGAUGUUGCAUCGGUAGAGUUCAACUGCUAGACUGUUUAAGUGUUCUACUAGAGUGCAAAAAUCAAGGAGUUUUUUUUUAGAAAAAUUUAGUUCACUCGACUGUUCAACAUGGUGCUUCAUUUGCAGAUACUUGUAUGCGUAUUAAUUAACGCACUGUUCGUUAACUCGGCUGUUUACACUCCGGGUAACGGUCCCGUUUACAAUCCAAAUGGCAACGCCGGUGUUCAAGCCGUCGUCCCAACACAAAUAAACAACCCUGGCUAUCUGGUUACGCAAACCGUUUAUGGAUUCCUGGAUUUUACCACCACCAUCGGUAACACGGUGAUGAUCUUUUCCCCCCAGAGUUCGGCACCAGCUGUGACAGAGCCACCGAAAACGACACCGGCUCCACCGCCGGUGAUCGAAACUUCACCCCCGCCUACUCCGUCAACGACGACGGCCGCGACCCUAGCCGAGGAAAUCAAACCGAGCAAAACGGUUAUCCUGCCAGUUCAGGCCAAGGAAAAGGUCAGCGUGGUGCAGCCGUUCAUCGUGAAACCCAACGUUCCCGUUAAGUUCGUCCAAAAGACAAUCAGUCCGGCCAAAGCGAAGCCAGUCGGCAAACCGAAACCAAAAAUCACAAUCGUCGAAGUUACUCCGGUAAAACCGGAACCCGAAGCCGUGUUGGUGAUGGCAGAAAAGGAAAAACAGGAACCCGUCCGGGUGCAAGUGGUGAAACCGCAAGCACCGAUCAUUAAAGUGGUGACGGCAACGGUGGACAUUACAACGGAAAAGGAAAUAAUUACACCCGAACCAAAAGUGGAAAUAGUUCACGCAGAGGAACAGGAAGAUGAACAGGAGGAAGAACAACCUGAAGCAGAAGAGCAACCUGACCAGAGUGAGAAAGAUAUAGAAGAGGAAGAGGAGGAAGAAGAAGAAGAACAAUCAAAAGUACAUGAAACUAUCACAGAUGAAGAGCAAAACGAAGAAACGGAAGAACACCAAGAGCAGCAUGAAGAACUGAAGAUCGUAGAGGAAAAGAAAACUGUGCCUUUCGAAUCUCCAAAACCAAAGCAAGCUCCAGUCGAACCUGCUAUCGAAGCUCAACAGAAGGAGCACUCUCCCAUUAUUUUCUCAACAAUCACCGAAGAAUCUGACCCAGAACACAACGAAGAACCGGAAGAAGAAGGAAGUAUCGAGGAGGAAGACGAACCAGCACCGGUGCUACAAAUCGGUAACAACAUCGCUCCCGAGCCCGAGUAUGACUUCCUGUCCCGACAGCCAUCGGAAUUUGUUGAAGAAACCUACCGGGUAGUGAAUUUAAAGCCAACGGCCACGGUCAGUGCGGUGCCCUCGGCUGCCCCCAAAGCGAAAGGAAAGCGGGGACAAGGUAAUAAGAAUGCACGCCCCACGGGACUGGUCACCAAGCUCGGUGGAACCAAGGUCAAGGAUGGGACCACGACGGUUCACGAGACGAGCGUAAUCGGCACCUACAUUUCAGGAAAAUAUGCCCAAGUCCUACAAAGCACUUCUCAUGUAUUUCAAGGUAAUGCAGCAGCCGCAGCCUCCGUCGCAUCCGCCCCCGUAGUCGAGGGUCAACCGAAGCGAGCUCCGGGUCCGAAGGUAAGUCCCAGUCCAACCCUGCGUAUUCUGAAAACUGCUGCGCCGAAUCCGAGCAAAACGCCGCGAUACAAUCCGGAAGCGGCUUCCAUCAUCACACCAUCGCCGUCGGCGCAGCAGGCACUAGAGGACACUGGGCUUCCGCUGGAGAAUCUUUUCGCCAACCAACCGAGCUCCAGUCUGGUGCGGCCAUCGCGCCGUCUCAGCGGACCCGGAGUCAACCUGAACGGUGGAAGCUUCAAGAAUCGGCUGAAGAAUCGGAUCGUCAAGGAGGACAACGACCUGCAGGAUCGGUCGGAUUCCGAGGAACCGGUCGGUCCGCCGGCUACCCAACCGGCGGCCAGCUUUGGUAAUGGGAAGAAAACUAACCGCUACCGUAACACUCAAACCGUCAAACCUAACCACGGCGGCAAAAACACUCGCUAUAACCGAUUCUCUACAUCUAGUGUGGAACUGGCGACGGUGUCCGUUUUCAGUGAACCUUCCUCAACCACUCCCGCCUACGCAAACAGGCGUAACAAAGCUUCUCGUAAUAGUUUCAAGCCUAGCCUUACCAACAGCAGUCCGUCCACGGCAUCGUCGAAGUCGUCCUCGCCGUCGUACUCAUCCCGCCAGCAGGAACAGCACCAGCAGGAGCAGGAAGCCAACCGUCGCUCGUUUAAACCGAAUCUGCGACCAACGCCACCGGAGGCCAAAUCCAGCACAACGAGCACCAGCCUGUACAAGUUCAAGCUGAAUCGAUCGCCCGGUCGAUGGCAGUACAAGAGCCCCCCGAAACCAACCGUCAACAUCCGAAAGCAGAGUCCGAAGGUGCGCGAUCCGGUGGAAAAUCUUACGGCGGCUCCGGUGUACGAUACUUCGGUGCAGAGCAACGACAUCGGGCAGACUCCGGAACACUCGGAAAAGGUCGACACCGAUGCCGAUUUGGAUCAGUCCGGUUCGGUGAACGGCAAUGUGCUGAACGAUGCGGAGAAUGACAACCAGAUCGAGCAUCGGUAUCCAAUUGAGACGAUAAAGGUGGAGAUUUCCACUCCGGCCGACUUCAAGGAUACCUAUUUCGAAAUUGCUACCAUCAAAUCACCCUACACUUUCCAGGUGGGCACCGUGAAAAACACUCGCUACAUUACCGUGACAUCGACGUACGAGAAGACUCUAGAGCAGGAAACGGCUACCAUCACUCCUUCGCUGACAGAACCACUGACCGAAAACAUCCUUGCCACGACGACCCACCUUGAUAAGGAAAACAAUUUGCUCGAUUCGAGUGUGGCCACUUUGCCCCCUAUCACGUUGACUGGCGACGUUGAGACUCCGCCACUGGAAACCCUGACGGAGACAUUUAGCACCACACAGGCCAUGCUGAAGACUCACAUCCUUCCGGUGAUUCGGGACGGUGCGGACACUACCAGUUACACGCUGAUCCAAACGUACCACAUUACACGGCUUGUGACGGCCACCAAAACGCUUCCGCCAAUGGAACUGUACCACUUUGUACCGUCGAAGACACUGAACGAGUUCAACAGCCGCUUGGAUGAGGCUGGUUCGGAACUGCAUCUGGAGCUGGAGUUCGGGGACGACAACGAAGAGGAUGACGAUAGACCGAAGUUACCCUCGGAUCUGGAUCUAUCCAGCAUUGGAUCCGAUUUUGAUCUUUCGGAAGUGGACAAAACAAACAUUCCGACCAACAUCCGUCCGAAGAAGCGAAUCGCCGGCCAUAAGGAAGGUAACAAGGUAACAACCGAGGCUCCGGUGACGACGCCAAGUCUGACACCGGAUCAAUUGCAACAGUUGGCACUGCUAAGGCUGUUGAAUCCAGCGGCUGCCGCUCAAAUUCCAUCGGUAAUUACCUCGUCCAAGCCGGUCGUCAAACUGGAAACCGUCUACGAAUCGCACGUUCUGCCGAUAAUCAACGGUCAAAGCACAAUCUUCAGUACCAUUUCGCGUCCCAUUGGAACCGUCACCAAAACCAACUACGAAGUCGUAACAACGACUCUGCCCACGUUGCCGAUUCCUCCGAUUCCCCAGCUGAACCCAUUCCAACCACAGCCACAGGUCCAACUCCAGUCCACGCCGGUCAUCACCCAGACCGUCGUGACCGAGACAAACAGCAAGGUCCUGAAAUUGACGUUUGGUGCCAAAACUGCCUACACCACUCUCUACUCGACAACCGUCGUACCGACGCAGCUGACCACCUACCUGACGCAGUCCGUUCCGGUUCAACCGACGGCGGCAGCCUUUCCGGGCUACUUCCCGGCUCCGUACGCUCCCUUCCCGUACGUGGGUUAACAACCUCCGCCCAUUUCAAAACCGUAAGGUACUCACUUUUAAUUUAGAAUAACGAAUUUUCUAGGACAAUACUUUAGACUAAAUUCUCUCUGUUACAAAUACUAGUGAUGAGGGUGUAGCUUUCACAGCUCGUGCAAGAUUAACAACAUAUGGACAAAAGUCGCUCCCCUUUUCUUUAGAGUGGAAGUGCAAAAUUUACACUCUUUCUUUGGUUGGUGAUCCCGGCCGUAGCCGGUGCGUGAUACACAAUAAAAACGAGAUACGUCUGGAAGAAAAAAGAAGGAUAAUUACCCGUUUUCCCAAACGUUUCCUCGGGUGUAGCGGCCGGCAUUACGUGCAAUAAAUUUUACCAAAUAGUAGGCGGCGAUAUCUGCUAGGGUUAGCUAAAUUGCAUGUUGAUACAGGAUUAAUGGGAAUAUAUUGCUAAACGGGGGGGUUGCAGAAUGAUUUUUAUUUGAGAGCGAAAAUUCGAUUUUGAAACAUUUACUCAAAUCCUAUCCUACGAAACCUUUGAAACACAUUUUCUAAGGACAUUAAAAUUGAACUAGUUUCUUUCAUCUACGGUGUGAAAAUAUUGUACCAGAAGACAGCCGGAGACGGAGGGAAUGGAAGGACCAUAAUAACUGCCGGAACAAAAACAACAACAACAGCUAUAAUUUCAAACCCCAUUCCACGCCUUCGCAUGGUUACAAUAAAGAAGCGCUAUUGUUUACCGUCUUCCGGGUGGGUAUUGCGAAGGAUGCCUCAUUGCAACGUCUCUAAGAAGUUGUCUAGGGGGCAUAAAUUUCCCUGAUAUACGAUUAUCACUUGCUUAUGGGUUGUUUACCUAUGAAGGCAUGGCAGACAUUUUUACGACCAUAUGCUGCUAAUAACGGUGCCGUCGUGGGUCGGUCGGUCGGUCGAAUUUUGCGAAUCCUGGGGCCCGUCACUACUGGAUGGUGCGACUGUGACAAUUUUCCUGGGUGAGCACUUUCAAACCGAUCAAUUUCUCUAGGCUAUCGAGCGAAAAAUUGAAUAUUUGCUCAUCUCAAAAUAAGAGGGUUUUUGGUAUCGUAUUACUCCUGCACAGUCGAAGUCGUGUCGUAAAACCGAAAACGAGCAACGCUCCCACGUUGUGGAUCUUCGAACUGAAUACGGAUUAUGGGGUCAGCAUAAACUGGGAUCCAGUCUCGUUAGUAGUUUAUCACUCAACAUAAAGAAUCAUUGUUUUUCGUGGUACGAAACAACAACGAAAAAAGUUUGAUUGGCUCGAGGCAGUUGGCUGUAAUUGGCAGAACUUUUUCCGGAAUUAGGUUGGUGGUUGAUUUUCGCUGGAAUAGAGAGUUUGUGAAGUUUUGACAUCCGAACCGAUGUAUGGUCCUAUUUAAGAAACAAUACAGCAAUUUAAUUUCGUUUGUCGGAAAGUAUUUUCUAUCGAGCUUUUUAGAAUCUGGUAAUGUUUGGUAGCAUUGAGGGAAACAUUGACUAAUAAAGCAUUCCGAUACAAUCUAAUACAUUAUAAAAGAUGUUAUACUGCUUAAUAACAAGCGUAACAGAAUGCAGUUCAUUCACUUCCUUUGCUAGUAGCAUUAAAAAUCUAUGGCAACAACUAAAGUUGUCAUAUUUUGUUAUGGGAUGCGAAGAUAAAUGAGAAUAGUUGUAAAUGUUACUAGCGAAGGAAGGCCUCACAAAAGUCAGAUAUUUUGGUCAGAGCUACAAACACCGUACGCAGUGCACACGAGGGUGCUCCGAAUCUCGGAAUGGACUUGAUAUGGUUGAUGUUCGUGAAAUAGAACACGAAUACCGGUUCAUGAACGAACCACUCAGACUCGGGUCAGGUUCGGUCCAAGUAAAAAAAAAGAUUUUUUAAAUUUCCAAUAGCGUAAGAAUCGAGUUCGGGUUAAAGAAAAUGCAUACGUGACCCUAUCAGCUUAGAGAAAAAUCAGUCUUCAGUCCAGCAACGCCAUCGCACGGCAUCACAUUCAACAAAUCAUGUCAAUUGUAUGGGUGCGCAGUGCUGCUAUUUUGGCGCGCACGAAUUUGACAUUUCUCUCCCCUAUUUCUGUGUACGUGAUUCUAUGCGGACUCGCCUGAGGGUGCCAUGCUCGCUAAAAAGGAUGUUGCCAAUGAUUUGUUCGUGAAAUGUGAGAGCUGAAUAUCUUGUUGAUAUGAUGCCUUUGACGUAGCAAAACAUUUCGUGAUACCUACACACUUUUAAAAAAUCCUGUGAUUAUACAUCUUAUUAAAUGCACAUAAAUGAAGCGUCGCAGCUCACGCAAAUUUACGUGGAAAAACAUUUAAUAUUGUGUUUAAAACUCCAUACAUGAAAUUAAUUGAAAUAAAAACAAAGAAUACUGAGAGCCACCGCCGCGACUUGAACCAAGAAUCAUUGGAUCGCACAUACGUCUGUUAAUCGACUGAGCCACAGAAGCAUGCAUCUGCUUGGUUGGUAAAAGGUGCAUUUAAAAUCAUACAGUCGCACCUGCUAGCAGAACGCAAGUUACAGUCGAAACCAGUAAAAAUCAAGCUCAUCUUACAUUAAGUCAUUACAGAUAAAAUUAUCCGUCAUUUGACAAAUUAGGUCUUUAUGAAUUACAUCGUAUGACGGAUUAAGUCACCUGUGAAAUUCAAAUUUUUUUGGAGUGUACAUAUAAAGCUUGCUUCAGAUAGAAUUGAAACAUAGAGAAUUGCCUGUAUUUCUGUUAUUUAUUAUUGAAUUCAAGAUCUUUUUUUAUACAAAUGUAGCGGUUUCUUCAUACUUUUGAGAAAAAAUACUGAUAAAAUUAUUCGUCACGGUAUCGAAGGAAUUCUCGAUUUUUUCCUUUAACACGGCUCAUUAGGCGGCGGGACACCUUCUUCGUCUUAUUCCACCAGGUCGUCAUCUGAUUGAUGUCUUUGACAACCUUUUCCGUUGCCUUGAGUCUCCUCUUCAUGGUUGCCCAGUAUUUCUCAAUAGGGCGGAACUGGGGGCAGUUGGGUGGGUUAAGGUUUUUCGGAACAAACUGGACCCCUUUCUCUGCAUACCAUUCUUGAACGACUUUGCUGUAAUGACAGCUUCCCAAAUCUGGCCAAAACAAACUUUCGUUUUUUGCCACAGCUGCAAAUGCCCUGCCAAAUCAUAAAUUAUCUUGCAAAUUUGUCGGUAAAAACAAAUUUAAAUUUGGCUGGAACAUCCCCCCGAGCCGUUGGCAAGUAAAAUUGUUGGCCUGUGAUUUGCCCGAAGUCAGCCUUUCAUCGUCCAUCAGAAGACACCCGUCGAACUUGGUCAGCACCUGGUCAUAUAGUUUCCGAGCACGAAUUUUGACCACACUAUUCUGUUUUAUGGUCCGAUUUGGCUGUUUGCUAGCUCGAUACGACUUGAUUCCUUCCCGGAGUCGAGUUCUCCUCACGGUACUAUGGGCAGCACCGAAUUUUCUGACCAUAUCACGGUCCGACAGAAUAGGAUUCCUCUUCAAAAUUUUACCCCGCAGUUUCCGGUCGACAGUUCCACUCCAACGACUGGCUUGAGGCUUCCCAAUCGUCGUCAAUGUUUCCUUAUACUGUUUGAUAACGCGCCAUACGGUAUUUCUAGGCAAUUUCAGCUGUUUAGCUAGCCUAGAUGCAGACCACAAUGGAUUUUCCAAAUAACUGUGCACAAUUUUUUCCCUUCUUUCGGCUUCCAUGUUGAUUGUUUACAAAGUACAGUCGAUUUGCGGAAUGUCAAAAAUCAUACAUGAUGCUGACAAAAUUCCCGACACGUGGGCGCCAAGAACUUCCAAAUCUGUCCACCAGGAGCGCCACAAUAUGAGCAAAAGUUUUUUCCUAUUCUAAAUGAAGCAAGCUUUAUUAUUGAUGAAAAAUCUCUUGUUUUGGUAGCAACAGAAUGUCACUGGGUUGUUAAAGAAUUAGAAAUGGGUAAAAUCGUUCGUUUUGGACAACCGCUCAGAACUUUUUAGUUCUACCAAAAGAAAUAGUUCUCUUGAAAUGUUCUUUUGUUCCUCUAUGUUGUUGUAUGUUCCUUCGAAAAAAAUAUGAUAAAUUUGUACCAAAAAUUAAUUAUAUUUGUGUACUUCUUCAAAGGUCGCGAAUGCAUGCCACUUCUAGCCUAUUCCAAGGUCCUGCGACCGCUCCGAAAUAUAUAGUUUAUUUAGUUAAUAUCCAUCAAAACAAUGAAUUAAAGCUCAUGAGAACCACGGGGCAAUAUGCACCCUCAUAAAGCUCCUUAUUCUUCUUAUUUAAAGAAACCUUUAGACUUUUCGUUGACGAAAUAUUUGCCAGGUGGAAGAUUGUUCACUAUUAUUAAUUAAAUUGAUAUCUUAUGGAUAAUUUUUGUAAGCGAAUACUUGAGCAUUUUGCUCCACCAAAUUCGGGUUGUUUUGCCCCCAAAAAUAUGAGACGAUAUAUUUAACGAUUUUUCUAUAAAAUUGCAAAUACAUCGUCUGUACUAGAACUAAUUUUAGAAACCCGAAUGAUUGGCAAAUAAGUUUACUGGUUACAUAAUUCAAAUCGUCUUCCUCACCCUAGAAAAUUAUUAUGGAACGAACAUGAAAAAAUACUUAUAACAGAGACAUAAUAGUUUUUUUUUAUUUUUCCAGAUAUGAUUGAACCAUCGCUACCAAAAUUUUAUAGUAAUUUGUUGUUAAGGCUAUAAAACUGGAAUUGAAAGUCCUUUCAUUAAAAUUUCAGUGAAAAAAAUUGGUUUCUUUUGAGAAAAUCAGAAGGUGCAUUAUGCCUCGGGGGUACAUUUUACCCCAUCUUCCCCUAAAACUCUUUCAAAGAGUUCCAUUGCCUCCAUUUCUAUUGAAAAGAAUGGAGAACUACAGUUCUUUAUCAAAGAACUCCAGAUCAUUUAUACUUCCAGAAGAAUUAGUUAUUUUUUUACCGCUCGCGAACUGAUUGCCCAUUUCUACGAAGAAUAUCGAUAAAUCGGGAGUCGCUAUCUAGGGAUUUGAAACGACCUCAAACAUCGCUUUUCGUUCCAAAAGUAGCCGGUGUUGUAACGGUUAUUAGGGAAUAUUGAUUAACCGGUAGUCAUCUUAGAUUUUGAUAUGCUUUCAAACACUGUUCUACUCAUCAAAUCCGUUCCGAAAAUACCCAUCUUUUAAUGGUUUUUAAGAAAGAUCGAUUAACUAUAAGUCGCCAUCUUGGAUAUCGAAAUGUCCUCGUACCAAUUAAUCGAAUCUGUUCCGAAAAUACUCACAUUGUAAGGUUUUUCAAACAAACUUUAAUAAACGCAUCAAUGUAAUAAGCGUUUCUCACAAUUGCAGUAAUUUUGCAGCAAGAGGCAUUUUUUUCAUGUUGUAUUUUCAUAACACGGAAAUAUAUUAUUUUCUCGAAAGCAUGGUCCUUUGAGCCUAUUUUUAGAAUCAGAAACAACGAACUAACACACACCAAAAAAAAAUUGAAUAAUACAGGUGACUUAAUUCCUCAUACGAUGUAAUUCAUAAAGACCUAAUCUGUCAAACGACGGAAAAUUUCAUUUGUAAUGACAUAAUGUUAGAUUAGAUUGAAUUUUACUGGUUUCGACUGUAACUUGCAUUCUGCUAGCAGGUAUGACUAUAUGCAUUUAAAUGCUCCUUUUACCAGCCAUGCUUCUGUGGCUAAGUCGUUUAACAGACGUACUUGCGAUCCAAUGAUUCUCGGUUCAAGUCGCGGCGGUUGCUAUCAGUGUUUUUUUUUUUUUCUAAUUUAACGAAUUUCAUGUCAUGGAGUUUUAGACACAAUAAUAAAUGUUCUUCCACGUGAAAUUGCGUGAACUGCGACGCUCCAUUUAUGUGCAUUUAAUAAGAUGUAAAAUCACAGGGAUUUUUUAAGUGUGUAGUUUUUACUAGAAUUCUGAAUUAUCAUUGUUUAGUACACUGAAAGAAAUCAAUAAGAAAAUUUCCGUCCCGUUAGAUGGACAUAAAAGGAACGUCGAUCAAACAAAUACAUGCUGGCCUGCUUUGAUUCAGGUCAUGUGGUAUUUUCAAAUUUUUAGGGGUGUACACCCUUAGAAAAUAGAAGUUUGAUUUGAAUGUAUACUGUUAGAAAAAAUGAAAUUUGAUGUAAUUUCAAGCGUGUCGUAAUUUCUUCAAAAAUGACACAUUAUUACAUCUAUAAAGAUGUAAAAAUAAUUUUGGAAAUCGAUAACAACUUCAGCAGUGAAUGUAAAGAUAUGACUCAUAUUUACAUGCUAUGAAUUGUAAAUUUUAGUGAAUUACGACGCUCCUCUUAUGUGCAUCUAUAAAGACGUAAAUCUACACAAUUUUUUUCUAAGCGUGUAGUUUUAUUCCGUAUAAAUAGAAUCAUACAUUGAAAUACCGACUUUCAUUACUCUACUGGUGUAGGAUUUUGAAACGCGUGACUUCUCAAUUUUUACUUACACAUCAAAGAUUCGAAUGUCCCAGAUAGUGGCGCUCUAUCUCUCUCUUCCUCUCUCGUUCAACCCAACUCCUUAACACCUUGCUAGUUGUAAUUGGUAAGCUGCAGGCACAAUUCGCCAGCCCUCGCUUCCUCGACAAAGUAAAACAAAACCCAACCAUUUGUCAGUGAGUAACUUUUCUCCGGCUGCCACAAACCGUUAAUAGUGCAGUUGUCUCUUAUCUACUGCUCCUCACGGUAACCAUGUUUGCUAUCUUUUAAAUCCGGAUGUGGGAUAAAAGAUCACUUGAGUAAGCUGACAUGCAACCAUUUCUAUCAUCGCUUUUGACAAUGGCGUGCCCGGUUGGGGAGAACGCGGCGGUGGAGACCCUUUCUUAAGUUCUCGGCAGGUCGGCGAAGUCAUGGCUUUCUGGCAUCGGAAACAUCGUUGCACCACCGACCGUAUGAAACUUGACUUUUAAGUUAAUUGACAGCCCUUUCGUGUCGCGUUGACAACCAGUUCUGCUUGGAUCACAUCAAAAAGUCUUUACACUCGCACUUGUCGCUCGCUUCACCGCUGGAGAACUGAAGGAUGUUCGGAGCAUAGAUUUGCACAAAAGCAAUCGAGCAGGGGUGAGGCAGUUGUACAAGUUUGCCGGCAACCGUUGCCGGAAGACAGACAAUUUCCCGCAACCGGAACAGGUGGUUGCCAUUUUGGACAAUGUAACAAUCAGCUCGCAGUUCUUUGUUACCGAUACAAAACAAAGCACGGUUUAUUGGAAACCACGCAUAAACUUCACACGACAUACAUUAAAUGUUUUACAGCUUGAAAAAAAAGGGGGAGCAGAGAGCUUGAUUUGGGAGUUGGGGUAAGCCACAGGUCGUUCAUGUCGUGAAGGGUGAGGAAAGGGCAAGCAAUAUUGUGGGUUGUGAUGGAGGUGUUACAUAAAAUAAGGGUGUUUAUCAUCAUUGGGGAUUUUCAAGUGUGAAAUAGAACCGGUGCAGGGUUUCAACUAGGCCAACGGGGAUAUGUUUUGUGUUAUAAUUGCAUUUGCAUUAACACGGUAGGAGAUUUUUUCCCGGAUUGAAUACAAAUUAGUCAAUGACGAGGCUGGAUUAGAGAUCGAUUUCCUGCGGCUCUUUGCGAAUGGAAACUGUUAUUACAUUUUUCCGUAUUUUAUAAAAGUAUUUAAAAAUCAUUUCAAUUUGAUCCAAGCCAAUUGUAUUCGCUAAAUUUAGUAAUCAAGAUUGUUAGCAUUAUCUUAUCAAAUGCUCUGGAGGGACUCACUAUUCCAACCUCGUUCUUCACAAUACAUGGACAUGGUUUAAGUUGAUUACAGUUUUGUAAGGAUUGCUAUCACCAAUGGAUGGCUCGGUAAAAUUAGUUUUAUGAUAAAUAAAACUGUUGUUUCGAUUAUUCAUUUGUCCAUACAUUUGAAGGGUCCAAUUCAAUUUUAUUUUUAUUUUAUUUAUCGAAAAAUUAAUUAAUUUUUUCGAAAUUUACCAACAGUUCUUCUCAAAAAUCUCAUAUCUUAGUGUGCACGGCCAAAUUAAAAUACUUGAACUUGAAACUGUAAGGAAAAGUAAAACCUGACUAGGUUUUGUUGGAGAUAUUGAUUUGUUCCGAAGAACACAUUUAGAGUGAACAAUUAUUUCAAUUUCAAUUAUUAUCUAAAUCAAUAUCGUGAUGAAACUAGUGUAAUUACAGCACAGUUACAGAAAAAUGAAAAACAAACAGAUUUCAGCAAUUCCAAACUAACAAAACAACUCUCAACACAAAUAGUAACGAAAUCCACAUUGAGUCAUUCAAAAAACUUGAGAAGGAUGGGUGGCUAAUAUCAGGCACAAAACAGGAUGACGUGAAUACGAAUACAAAGCUUCGUUUGAGUUAACCGCUGUUAAAUACUGAUGGAAGCCUCUUCAAAGAACGAAAUCCUGGUCCAGCUCUUGGAACUAAAUUAAGUUAUAUCCAAGGAUGGCUUUUAUCGUAUCAAAGAACACUCACCAGCAACUCUUCACACGAUUGAAUCAGUGCCAUCAAAGAGAGACGGAUAUCAUCGCAACAACAAAAACCUGGCAUGGCUCAUUUAACAUAGAAUCGACAUCAGUGCUAGAGCGAAUUUCUCUCGAUGACAUUUUUGAGAAUCAAAGGUUAGCACGCUGCUGUGGGGACCUCUCUGAAGCCACAAACGGUCGCUUAUUCUCGUUUCGCGAUCCGAUUCUAUACAGGCAGUUGAUAAUUGCGAUAGAAUCAUUUUACUAUUGUCGCUUAUUCUAUCUAUGUGCAUAUAACCUUUGUAAUUGUCAACUUGCGAUUCUCUCUUGGGAAAUUCCACACAGCAACGAUCAUUAUCAGACUGCAAUUUUUUUAAGGGCGUGAAAUACUCAGAGUAUGAAAUGGAGCCCAGAAAUGUAGAAAAAUUCUCUCGACGUUUCAUGCAUUGAGAGACUCGAGUUCUUGUAGCAUCUUCUAUCGGAUUGAAAAUGUUGUAUACAAUAUAGAAAGCAAUAUAGUAGCUUCUGUCAAAUUUUCGGCAAUCACCAACACAGGUUACAUCAUAUUACUGUUCCCUUACAGAACUUGGGUUUCGGAUCGGAGCUCUGGACCUGAAUCUGAAUGCUGGACCUGAAACCUGACCACCUAGAUUUUGGAUCAGGGGUUUUGACCUGGGUCUGAAUUCUAGAUAUGGAUUCCUGCCCAUAUUUGAACCUGAAUUUUGGACCUGGAUGCUGAACCGGGAUUCAUGACCAGAGCACUGAACCUGGAUCCUAUGUUUAGACCAGAAUUCAUAUCUGAAUUCUGAGCCAAAAUUCGGGACCGGAAUGUCGAGCCUGAGUCUGAAUCUCCCGCCUGGAAUUCUAAAUCUGAUUAUCUGAUAUGAAUUUUGAGCCUGAAUCUGAAUUCUAUUCCAGGAUUCUUGCCUUAAAUUCUGGACCUGGAUCAGGAUUUUGAACCUAGGUUCAGUACCGCUAUUCUGCACUGAACUCUGAAUCUAACUUCGGAAUCUGAACCUGGAUUCUGGACCUGAGUUCUGGCUCUAAACUUUUGACCUGAAUUUGUGUCCUGAAUUCUGAACCUGGAACUAAAUCCAAGACCUCGACUCUGGCCUCGACUUGGAUUCUGGACCAGGAUUAUGGGACUCCAGAUUUGGCCCUGAACUUUAAACCGAGAUUCUUGGUUAGCAUGCUGAACCUGGCUCUGAAUCGAAGCCAUUCCAUGAAUUCUAAACCGAUUCCUGCCCUUUAUUCUGAAUCUGGACAUUAAUUAUAUCUGUAUUCUGUUCCUGAAAUCCUGACCGGAAUUCAAAACCUAGGUCUGAAUCCUGGACCGGAAUUCUUGACCAGAAUGGCGGAUCUGCAUCUGGAUUUUGGACCUGAAUCCUGAAUCUAGUUUCUGGACCGGCAUUCCUGACCUGAAGUGUGAGCUUGAAUCUGAAUCUUAGACCUAGAUACCAGCCCUAAGAUUCUGGACCUAAAUCCUGAAGCUAGGCCAGCAUUGCACCUCGACAUGAGCUCUGAAUCUGAACCUAAAUUCUGAACUUCAGUUCCGAUCAUGAGCCGGAAAUUUGUACCUUGAAACUUCCUGACCUGAAUUCGAAACCUGGAUUUGAAUCCUAGACCUGGGUUCCUACCAUAACCUGGAUCUGGAUUCUGAACUUGACUUCUGAACCAAGAUUCUGGACCUGACUUCUGAACUUGAACUGGAGAUCUAGACCGAAAUUCUGGUCCGAGUUACUGGAUCUGAAUACCAAACCUAGAAUUCGAAAGUAAAGCUCUAGGACUAGAUUUCUAGAUUUGUAUCUUAAUCUGACCUUGACCUGAGCUGUUAACCGAAACUCUGUACUGGGACUUCUAAUCUGAAUCUGAGUCCUAGACAUGGAUUCUUGAAUUCUGGACUCUGGAUCUGAGUUCUGGACCUGAAUUCUGAAUCUAGAUUUAAAACCGAUAAUUCUGACUUAAAUUUUGAAUCUUGAUUUGAGCCCCUUACCAAGAUUCCUACCCUGAGUUCGGGACCUAGGAUUUUAGGUCUGAGUUCUGAAACGAGACUCUGGACCGAGACUUCUGACCUAAAUUUUGAGCAAGGAUCAGAAUUCCUGCUUUGAGUUUUGGACCCGGACCUAAAUUGUGAACUUGGACUCUAGUUAUGAACUUUGAACCUGAGUUCUGGACCAUGAUUCUGGACUUGUUUUCGAAACCUAGUCUCUGGACCAGGAUCCGUGAUCUAAAUUCUGAGCCUGUAUCUGAAUCCGAGAAUUUUGCCCUGAAUUUAGUACCUGGGAUCUUUCGAUCUGGAUUAUGGAUCUAAAUUUUUGACAUUAAUUCUGACCCUGGAUAUAAAUUCUAAACUUUGAUAUAAGCUCUGAAUCUAAACUCUGAUUUUGGAUUCAGGGAAGGAGUUUUGAAUCCAAAUCUGAUCCUGAAUUUGAAACCUUUAAUAAUAGGCAUGGAUUCUGGCCCUCUAAUUUUUUAUUAGUCUGCUUCAAAUUACUGAAAAUUUUAUCAUAAAUUUACGGUGACGUAUAUACGCCAAAAAGUGUAAAUAUUUUUGUACUUCAUUAAAACCUUCAAAAUUUUAAAAUAUCCCGUGCUUGAUUAGGGGUUUUAUGCCUUCCGGUGCAAGGAUACAUGCCUAUUUCUGUUCAUUAAGGGGCGGGUAGGGUCUAAUACUUUUUGAAAAACAUUUAUUAUUUUCUUUGUAUUUUCUCAUAGUGAAACAUUUCAAGAAUAUUCUGUGAAAUUUUCAAGCCUAUCGGAGAAAAGCUCAGCAAGUUAUGGGCCUUUAUCUUUGCUUAUCUCAUACUGCGAAGAAGUAAGAGCUCGGCACACAGGUCCAAGAUUUUUGCUUCGAUCGACUUAAAAACUUGACAAAACAUUCUUGAAAUGUUUCAUUAUAAAAGAAUACAAAAGAAAAAAUAUGAUUUUUUGAAAAUGUUAGACCCUACGAGCUCCCUUGAGUAAUAAAUUGUUUCCAUUGAUUUUAUACACAAAAAACUUUGAAUGCGUUUUGCUCGAAAGCAGGUUUUGAAAGUCCGUAUCCAUCGUCAUUCAAAAACUACUAAACCAAUUUUAUUCAAAUUUUUCACACACUUUCUACAUAUAAAAAACCAGACCCCAACGUGUUCCUUUUUCUUCUUUGUUUACUUUGGGGAAGUUUUACAGCUACAAAAUGGCGAAUUAUUUCGUGAAAAAUCGUACUUUUCACUUUGAACAACCACCAAAAAUUAAAAAAAAUUAAAAAAUAAGUGAAACAGAAACGUUGGGGUCUAGAAAAACAUCUACUCUAUCUAUACUGCUUUGAUUUGUUGACUUCUUAUCAGUCUGCGCUGAGAUACAGUGGACACCGCAAAUCAGGAUUUUUAAGAAGCGUUCUCAAAAAUACCUCUUCUCCGACUUAUUUCUCACUAUUUUUCCACGAAAAAAUUACAAAAUGUUGUUCGAAUGAUGCUUUUUAUCACUCAAAAAAUUUUAAUUUAUUUUGUCGCACGAUAACUCUGAAAAAAAUUCUCAAAAAUGAUGAUAUUUUUCAUCAUCUACACCCUGCACCCCCCCUCAUCCCUCCUUAAUCUAGGAGAUGCGAGAAUUCAUUUCGAUGAGUCAAAAAUUAUGGAUUAGUACAUGUUUUUUUCUGUUUGUCAUUAUUUAGCGAGCGAAAAAAACACGAUCCCUAAAUCUCAGGACAAAAAGCGCGAGCACAAAAAUAGGUACCACCAAUAAGUGGUUUUGCCGUUCCCGUUGCACCCGAGGCAAAUGUCCCCUCCGAUCUCCACCCCCCAUGAUACAACCCUUACCAGAAAGUGUUUUUUGUGUGAUAUUCAUUUACGAUUAAAGAUAAAUACUGCUUUUCCGGUGCCGUAAGGCAUUUAACCCCUCAAACAUUUUUGUCGCGUGUAGAAUUUUCAGUAAUCAUGUUUUCUCUCACAGAAAACUACCGAAACAAGGGUGAACCGAAAACAAGCUGCUGCCACCAGCAGGAUCGCAGGCAACGAAAGCCAACAAACACAUAACCGUGUGCGAACAAGAAAAUUCACUUCAACAAUUUUGUUUCGUUUCCUUCCAAUUUCCAGCAUCAUCCGAGGGUUGUUCUGUUGACUCACCCUCCUAUUUUUGGUUUGUGCAGAGCACCAGUGAAAGCAAAAAAACACGAAUUAGAAGCCAACAUGUGUUUCGCAAGAAGCUUUCACUUUUAAACUUUUAAUGAAGCCAAGGUUUCAGCUUUUCAAGCGAGUGAUAUUUAAUACGGGCUGGUGGGAGGUUUAGAGACGUCUUGAAAUGCGUUUUCAUUUGAUUUGCUUGCCAUCGAUGACUAAUUAAACUCUUCAACAGUGUUGGGGAAUAAUCGAAACACAAAUAGUUCUGUUCAAUCACGUAAAAGUAACUCCCAAACAUGCAAGACACGCUGUUUUCCAUUGAUGCAGUAGGGAUUUUAUACUAACACUGCAUUAUCUGCCGCCGUUGAUCGUUCGUCGGGCGCUGAUGACAGUUUCAGUCCCGUCAUGGCAGAGUCGACACGAAAAGGUUCAACGCUCGGAUGACGAAGUGAGGCUAGAGCAUCUUGACAACAAGUGUGCUUUCCUGUUCAGGCUUAAAAGUGCCGCCAACUUCAACAUUCUGAACACGAUGGUACAUCGUCUGUUGGAUGGUUUGUGAUAGUGGCGGAGGAGGAGGAGGAGGAGGAGAGAGGUAGAUGGGAACUGGAGAAAAAAAAACGCCAGAUGUCGGAUGGUCUGAAACUGACAAGGCAACUUGUUGAGAGCGGAAAAAACACGGAUUCUCUUUUAGCCCGGUGAAAUGGGUUCCAGUUCCGGUCGGGAGUUUUGUGAACCCUUCACGAAACCGUAGUCGGGGGCAUGGGCAUUCGUGUGAGCAAUUUAUGGAAUUGCAAAAUUUGCUUCGUCUCUUCAAAGAUAAAUGCGAUCAUAGGCUGCGAAUCAAUCGUGCAGCUUCCUUUUUUUUUUGGAAUACUCAAACACAGUAGCCUGGCACUCCGGUUGUCAAGCAUUUAUUUUCACCAAGUCGAUAAAUGUUGCAUUCAUAUACUCUUCCGAAAAGCGGUGCGAACUAAAAAAAACUCACACACACAUACGUUCACUAAUAUUCUUUCGAAACUACUCUGUUUAGAAUAGCAUAAAUAUAAGUAUUCUCCUCCUUUACUAAUCGCAUAGAAAACAAUUGUUUGGCCCCAACGAGAAAAAAGAACGAUUUUUCAUUCGAAUGUCAACCGUAAAAACCGCCCUCGCUGGUUACGAAAAACCACUCAUUAAAUCUCAU